AUGCAAACUGAAUUCUCCGGGCCAAGUUCUCAACUUUCUCGGCAGCUGGCCUGUGUUAUCAAUCGGGCUCUUAGCCAUCAUCCAGCUCCGGAUUCUGCUGGGACCGCUAAUAUCGAGGCAAGAACCAGUAUUGCUGUCUUGCUUGACUUGCUUCAUCGGUACAAGCAACCGUCUGUCUGCUGCCUGUCUCUCGGAGAGUCCCUUACUUCUGAGAACAUCGCGCAUCGCCCCUCGCAUUCACUCACAAAGGCAACAACUAAAGAUGCGUUUUCAGCCUCCCUUGCCUCCGAAUUCUCCCGUCUAGCUGAUCCUGAAAGUACCGAGAACGUGCCUCGUUUGCCGGGAGAUAGUAUCGAACUAUGGGUUGAAUGCUAUUCUGACGCUAAAAGUCUGCCUCCGCAUCGACAAAAGCGUUGGCACGAUUUGAUUCAGCUUAUUUAG